AUGUCCAACGUAUACAUUUUGGGAGCAGGAGGAAUAGGCACGUUGGUGGCCUCUGUGCUGACAAAACGGUAUCCGGUGAAUUUUUUGGUGAGGAGAAAAGAGAAGCUGGAUUUGCUGAAGAAAACCAACAACACGUUCACAAUCACCCAGCUUUUCAACCAGGGCCGUCGGAUAGACUGCAAGAUUGCGCGAGCUUGUCAGGCGGACGAUAUUCCGGACCAGCACAUUGACUUUUUGAUUGUCAGCGUCAAGACGUUUGACACUGUGAAGUCGCUGAUGCCCUUGCUGCCAAGGAUCUCGCCGUCGACCAAUAUUAUGCUUAUUCAGAACGGUAUGGGUGUUUUGGAGGAACUGUACGCCAGUUUAUGGCCACAAGCAUCGGAGCGGCCUGUUAUCUACCAAGGAGUGAUUACGCAUGGUGUUUUCCAAGACAGAGACCAGGAAGGCACGUUUGACUACAACCAUGCCGGAAACGGAGAUUUCAAGAUCGCAAGGGUCGACGGCAAGAAUGCAGACCAUCCGGUGCUAAAAACGCUUGUGGAGAGCGAUCUGUGCACCACUGUGUACUCGUACGAGGACCUUCUUGUGCAUCAGGUCGCGAAACUGAUGGUUAACUGCUGUAUGAACCCGACCACUGCGGUUCUGGACUGCGUGAACUACGAGAUCGACGGACUCGAGUCGAUUAGAGAGUACUUCAGCAGGCUGGUUCACGAGGCGAUGGAAAUUCUGCGUGUCCGCUAUCCGUCUCUGGCAGGCCGCGCGGAAUUGGACGAGUCGCGUCUGGUGGAAUUUAUUCUUGAAAAAGGUUGCAAAUUGAACGGAAAAAAUAGCACAAGCAUGAGACAGGAUACCUUGUUUCUGAGAGACACGGAAAUCGACUACAUCAACGGGUAUAUUGUGAAUCUGGCAGAACAGCAAGGGACAGACGCUCCAUACAACAGGACGAUCCAGCUGCUGACAAAAAGCAGACUGAGAAUAAACCGAUCUAGAGCAUUAUAGAGGAAAUAAUUAUUCACGCUUUUUCUCCGUAGUAUCUUGCGUCCUGGCCCUUCGUGGUGACCGCCUCGAUGACGUUGUCCUCGUCGUCCGUGACCAGCUGGUCCUUGUCGAGGUUGCUCUUUGGUCCCUUGUAGACCUUGUGAGCGUACACGACGUACCACACCAUACACAAGAACAUCGAUCCCCAGUACACCAGCACCGUCCAGUUCAUCAUGUCUGGGGUGUUAUCAGCUCCUUUGUACUGCGGGAAGUUCAGAAUCGGGAUCAUGAGCGUCACAAAACACACGGCCACCACACCGGAAGGAAUGGAAAAUGCGCCCAGGUGCCACGGGCCCUUCUGGAACGUAUUUCUGGCAUAGGUGAUUCGAAGCAGAGUUGGCACUGUAAAGGAGAUGAACGAGCCAAUUGCGCCGACGGAGAAAAUGGCGUCGAUCGGAGUUUCGCCGCCAAACAUGAGCAGUAGCAGCAGCUCUCCCAGGAACCAGUUGGCCCACACAGCGUUGACAGGAGUUUUUGUAGUGGCAUUGACGUGCGACCAAGCUUUAGACAGCGGGAAACAGCCGUCUCUUGAGUAUGAGAAGAGCACUCUGGACGCGGCAAUCAUACAGGAGAAGGCCAUGGAGAAGGAGAGAACAAUAGCGAACGCGGUCAGCGUGAUCACUCUUUCUUUAGUCAGGAUCUGCGCCAAAAACGAAACGUACGGCUGGCCCAGCUCGUCGUUGACGGCAUCAUCAACAUCAACGAUCGUGUAGGCCAUGGCAAGCUGGAAAACAAAGCCAAGAACGCCUCCCACGGAGGCAGUCAGCACGAUGGCCCGCGGAGUGGCCAACUGGGCGUUGCUACACUCUUCAGCCAGGUGGAACGGCGAGUCAAAACCAGACAUCGUCCAGAUGACGGCCAUGAAACUCAUCAGAAUACAGAUUCCGUUCGGCCACUCAGUGAAGUUGGUGAUUCCCCACGCCAUGUCGUUGUUGUUGAACUUGGGAAGGCCUUGGUCGCUUCUGGUGUUGCC